CCGCAGGAAACAAGAUCAUGGCCGGAAGAUUAUUUCAAGUGGGAAUAUCCGAAGGACAAUCCACUACUCAUCCUCCACUCUUUGACGGUACAAAUUAUGCAUAUUGGAAGGAAAGAAUGAGGAUAUUCAUACAAUCAAAUGACUUUGACUCAUGGAUGGUAAUCAAGCAUGGAAACACUACCCCUUCAAAUAUUGUUGAUGGAAUUCGUGUUCCCAAGUUGGAAUCCGAAUAUGAUGAUCAAGACAAGAAGAAUGCAUGCAAAAUGCCAAAGCCAUCAACUAUCUUUAUUGUGCGGUCAACCCUGAUGAUUAUAGGAAGAUAUCAAGAUGCAAAUCCGCCAAUGAGAUGUGGACUAAACUCGAAGUCACUUAUGAAGGAGAAUGAAAGCAUUGAUAGUUAUUUUGAGAGAUUCUCUACAAUCAUCAACAAUCUUGACACGCUCGGAAAGUAUUACACUGAUCAUGAGCUUGUCCGGAAAAUUAUGCGUUACAAGAGGAGGAAAUCUAUAGCAUUGAAAGCCAAGGAAGUUGUAGAGGAAAAUGAAGAUGAUGAUGAUGAAUCACUUAAUUCAGAAGAUAAUCCCAAACUUGCACUUGUCAUUAAACUCUUCAACAAGUUUAUCAAGAAAAGCUUCAAGCCAAGGAGAGACAAUGGCAAGAAAGCUACACCACCUAAAUGCUAUGAAUGUGGUGAGAUAGGGCACAUCAAGCCUUAUUUUCCUAAGUUGAAGCAAGGGGAGGACAAGAAGUUCAAGAAGAAGCAAAAAGCAUACAUCUCAUGGGAGAAUGAUCAUUCAUCUUCCGAAACAAGUGAUGAGGACAAAGAAACAACAAAUCUUUGUCUAAUGGCUACCGAGGAAGAGGUAUCUUCUAAUUCUUUUUCAACUCCUUUAUCGUCUUCAAGUGAUUGCUUUUCAUUGGAUGAUUUAAAUAGUGCAUUUAGUGAUCUCUAUGGUGAAUUUCUCAAAUCCACCAAAGAAACUAAGCUUGCCAAAGAAAAUGUCACAUCUUUAGAAGCUCAAAUAAUUGAACUUAAUAAAGAGAUGGAUUUGUUGAAACUUGAAAACAAGAAACUUGGCAAGUGUGCAUAUAUAGUUCGGCCUUAUGGCCAUUGUAAGCAGCAUAUUUGAAUUCAAAAAAACCUUGUUUACUCUUUUGAGUAUUCUCUUAAAAUAGUGUGAUGCUAUUUUAGCCAAAUUCCUAAUUCUAUAUCUUAAGAGUGGUUCUCUUAAGUGUGAGUUUUAGGUUCUAGAUAUUUAAUUAAGUGUGUCAUAUCUUGAUUGAAUUCUAGAUUCAAACCCCAAGUGAGGAUAAGAGUGUGUUAU